AUGGCCAGUGGCAGCCGAUAUUUUAGCAAGAGGCAGCAGGUCGGUGAGCAGGAGGAAAGGGUAUUGGAAGAUCUGGAGAUGUCCCUUGCAAGGAGAGAAACGGAGACCUUCUUCCACGAGCGGCCCAAGACUGGGAACCUGUAUUUGGAAGAUGCUUUGCUUCGGAGUUACUUGAAAACACAUCUUCCCCCCAAGGUACUGGAGGAGGUGAGUCGGGAUCUGGAGAGAUUUGGAAACCGUCUGCUAAGCGAGGUCAGCCCGCUGGCCUGGGACUGCGAGGCGAACCCCCCCACGCUCCGGCAGUUCAGUGCCUGGGGACAGCGGGUGGAUCACAUCGUCACCUGCCCGGCCUGGAGGAGGAUGAAGGAGAUCGCGGCGGAAGAAGGGCUGGUCGCUGAGGCCUACGAGAGAAGAUUCUCCAACUGGAGCCGUCUGCAUCAGGCUGUCAAACUGUACUUAUUUUCAAGCUUCUCUGGAAGUUUCAGCUGCCCACUGGCCAUGACUGAUGGGGCAGCCAAAGUCAUUGAGUCACUCGGUAUUCCCGGAUCUCUGAAAAACGCUUUUGACCAUCUGACAUGCCGUGACCCCAAGAAGUUCUGGACCUCUGGCCAGUGGAUGACCGAGCGCGCAGGAGGCUCUGACGUGGCAAACGGCACCGAGACCGUGGCCAGAAAGCAGCCAGACGGCACAUAUCGCCUCUACGGUUUUAAAUGGUUUACGUCGGCUGCCGAUUCCGACGUGGCGCUAACCCUGGCCAGGGUAGCAGAUGCUGGAGGUCAGGUAAAACAGGGUUCCAGCGGCCUCUCCCUGUUCUUCCUGAGGGCUCGAGAUGAGGAGGGGAAGCUGAACGGCAUCCAAGUGCAAAGGCUGAAAGACAAGUUGGGCACGCGGCAGAUGGCAACCGCGGAGCUAUGGCUCAAUGGAGCUAAAGCGGAGCUGAUCUCUGCAGAGGGGCGCGGAGUGGCCUCCAUCUCCAACAUGCUGAACAUAACUCGGAUCCACAACGCCGUUCACGCAGUAGCUUCCAUGAGAAGGAUGCUCAGCCUGAGCAGGGAGUACGCCCGCAGGCGCGUUGCCUUUGGGAAGCUCCUCAAGGACCAUCCCCUGCACAUGCAGACGUUAGCUCGGAUGGAGGUGCAGACGCGAGGGGCAUUUCUUCUAGUCAUGGACAUCGUUCGUCUGCUUGGUCUCACGGAAACCAACCAGGCGAGUGAGCAAGACCAGCUUCUCUUGAGACUGCUGAUACCACUCGCCAAACUGUACACCGGGAAGCAGGCUUCUGCUGUUGUCGUUGAGGCGAUGGAGAGUUUCGGUGGCCAAGGUUACAUGGAGGACACCGGCCUGCCCGUCAUCGUCCGCGAUGCUCUGGUGCUGUCCAUAUGGGAGGGAACAAAAAACAUCCUGUCGCUCGAUGUCCUGCGAUCCCUUACCAAGAGCCAAGGGCAGGCGAUGGCCGUGUUCUUCUCCGCGACGCAG